AUGUCCUCAUUUUUCGGACCGGUCCUGUUUCUCGCGCACCAGGUGGAGGACACAGAGCUCGUGGAAGCCAGUGCGGACGGGAAGCGGGAGAUCCGGGUGCGCAUCCUGACCAAGGCUCACCAGGGGCAGGACAUCCGACACCCGGGCAUGGACAUUAAACCAGGAGAGGUGGUGGUGGCUGCAGGCACACGCUUGGGCGAGUGUGAGCUGGGUCUGCUAGCGAUGGUAGGAACGGCGACUGCGAGUGUAUACCGGAAACCAAG